UUGUUUGUCUUCCUGUCUUGUAGCAUGGCGAACUUGGAGCAUGCUGAAGACGACCAAAGCCACGUGAAAAUGCCCGGUGAACUCCCCGCUGCUGGCUCGCCAGUCAAACCGGGUCAGGAGUCCUGUGCUCCGGGUGGAACCGCGGGCGCUAUCCCCUCAUUCGCGGCCGCCUCGGAGCUGCUGUCGGCUCCGUACUCGUGCCUGGUCCUGAACAACCACCGGAGGCACAUAGCACUGCCACCCGUCUAUCUGAACAAGAAAAGGACGGGGAUAAAGGAGGAGCUGGACGCCGAGCUACUCAAGUUCUCCCACAGUCUGCAUGGAGUUCCUUUAGCGUAUGACAACAUCAGGAUCGCUACCCAGCAUGGCGACAUUUACGACGACAGCGGCUACGUCCACAUGGACAUUGAGGCCAACUUUAUUGUGUUCCAGCCCAAAAAGGGACAGAAACUCCUGGGUAAGGUAAAUAAACUGGGAGUAAGCCACGUGGGCUGCCUCGUACACAACUGCUUCAACGCCAGCAUCCCCAAACCAAAUCUUGUCUCCGCGGAAACCUGGAGGGACGCCGGGCCGAGGAUCGGAACAGAGCUGGAGUUCAAGGUGACCGCGCUGGAUGCGGACGCUGCGGGGGUGCUGCUAAUCAGGGGACAACUCGACAGGACCAGGGUGCAGGAACUGAUGGCUAUGAGUGAGUCAGGCGUUCCUGCUGGCCAGCAAGAACCAAAGGAAGCAGCGCCAGCCCCUGAACCACAGGAAGCGGAACCGGUCCCAGAGCCGAACCAUGACGGCACACCCAAGAAGAAGAAGAAAAAGAAAAAGGAGAAGGAGAGAAUCAAAGAGGAGGAGACAGAGGAAGAUAUAAAAAGGAUACCACCGGGUCAGCUGCACUGCCUCUCAGCACCAGCUCUGAAUGGAUUUACAGAGGAGACAGACACUGGGAUCGCUCCAGAGAAAAAGAAGAAAAAGAAAAAGGAGAAACAUGUGAAAGAAGAGCAGGAGCAGGUGGAGGUCUCUGCUAUGGAGAACCAAAGGAGCUUUAGUGACAAAUCGAGCAAGAAGAGGAAACUUGAAAGCAGGACUGAUGCACCAUCAGCUGACAAUCUAACACUUAAAAAAUCCAAGAAGAGAAAAUGCAACGUUUAGGAGCUCACCUGAAGUAGUAAAUUGCAGUCUCCUGAGGUGCCUUUUAAUGUGAACUCAUUUGCUGGAACAACUUUCAACCAGUUAAAUUAAGUAAAUAAGACGUCUUGCAAAAUAAAAUCAUCACUGGCGUCUUGACUAAGUGAAAUGUAGUUCCAGUACACUGCCUGAUGGUGGAGCAAAACCACCACAGAUGAACACAAUGCCAACCAAAAAUCAGGGGGUGAAAACUCAAAUCUGACAUGAAAUCAACUCAUUUUCCUUGUGUGCCUUUGUAGGGUUUCCUCCUUACAAACAGUCUGUUUUGAUAAAAGCUUGAUCGUCCUCAUAAUGCAUCCAGCACAGUAACAGAGAAGUUUUAGUGAGCGCAUUUUUUCUAGAGUGUUUUAUCUACUUUGAGAACUGCAGAAACUGAAAAUAAAUAUCUGAUUCUCAUCCCA